AUGGAGGUCGAACGUCUAACCGAUGCUGGAUCAGUAGUCCCAGUGCAGCUAACCAUUUGGGUUACAGUUAUCACUGUCACUGGACUCACCAUCAAAGAAAUGUGGGUAGAGCUCAGGGCAAUUAUAUUGCCAGAAACAUUGUCAGGAAUCCGGCUAAAUAAUGAAGAGGAAGAAGCAACAGAAGAGGAAGCAGAAGAGGAAGCAGAAGAGGAAGCAGAAGAGGAAGCAGAAGAGGAAGCAGAAGAGGAAGCAGAAGAGGAAGCAGAAGAGGAAGCAGGAGUGGCAGCGGAAGUGGCGGCAGGGCUGGAAACACUAAGAAAUGGACUUGCAGAGCUUGCAAUAAGCCCCAGAACAGGCCCAGACAGGAUGCUAGAAACUGGAGUUAACGGAAACAUGAUGUACCACUCGGUCAUCUAUUUCGUCAAGCUCCACCGUGAUUUUUUCGUCGAAACUAAUCCGCGAUAUGAGAAAUGA